CAGGCAGAGCACACGUGGGUACCAACACCCACGGGCACGUCUUACACACCAAAGCAUGGGACGAUCCUCUCCGGGACUUCAGGCUGCAGGGCACCCCGCCAGCCUGGGAACUUCGGCCUGGGCCUGGCGCAGGACACACCCCAGGGGAGGAGCUACCUUUCCAGGCCCGGCUCCCGCCCUCUGCCAGGCCAGAUCGCGCUCCCGAAGCAACAGCCGCCUGGACAACAUGGCCCACGACCGUCCCUCCUGCACCCUGGAGCCCGAGCACGUCCAGCGCCUGCUGCUCUCUUCCCGGGAGGCCAAGAAGUCCGCCUACUGCCCCUACAGCCAUUUCCCGGUGGGAGCCGCCCUGCUCACUGGGAAUGGACUGAUCUUCUCGGGGUGCAAUGUAGAAAAUGCCUGCUACUCACUGGGCAUCUGUGCUGAACGGACUGCAAUCCACAAGGCCAUCUCGGAAGGCCACAAGGACUUCAGGGCUAUUGCUAUCUCCAGUGACUUGCAAGAUGACUUCAUCUCACCAUGUGGGGCCUGCCGGCAAGUGAUGAGAGAGUUUGGUACCGACUGGGCCGUGUACAUGACCAAGGCAGACGGCUCUUAUGUGGUCAGAACAGUCCAGGAGCUGCUGCCUGCAUCCUUCGGGCCUGAGGACCUGCAGAAGAUGGCUGAACAAGUCCCACAGCCUGGAAGGGCUUGGGUUCCCACACGUGUUUGAGGGACUGACACUGGAAAACUUGGGAAAGGUGCCAGCUUAGGGACACCUGCCAAAUAGGUCCCAACCUUCCCAAAGCUGGGCAAAAGUGAUUUUCCUCACAGUCCCAAGUCUGGCCUGCUUUCCCAACAGCUAUCUGGGGUUCUGUCCUGUUCUGGGUGACUUUGCUGAUUAUAAACAUCACAGAACAUCCUGAUUCAAAAGAACACAUUUUGCCCUUUG